ACAUUCUACAUAAUUAGUUUUGACACAUUCGAUGGUUUUGACAGAGUGCGCUCCCCCACCCCUAUGUACGCAAAGGUUUUAUGGUUAUUGUGUAUGUUACCUGAUUAGUUUGGACGCUGCUAUUACAGUCAAUGGUAAUGACCAGAAGAUACAGUAAUGUCGUGUGCUGAAUAUACAGCAAACGGAUACGCCUGACAUCAAACCACGCGAACCCUCUUCAGAGCCCCGCCCAUUCCGUUACCACCACGGCUACUGUACUAGCAAAAAUGGCUAGCUGCUAAGCUAGUGGCUGUUGAGAUUCGGCUUACCCCGGCGUCUCUUCUGUUGUCCAUUAAACUUCGGCGUUGUUUCGCCCAGUUUAAAACUGUAAAGACAAACUAUAAAGGGAGGAUGUGCUCUGUUGACGGAUGCGGUUCGUGGCGUCGCGGCGUGCGUAGGUUCAAGUUACCAGAGGAUCCAGAGAAGAGACUGGAGUGGGUUCAGUUUCUUUUCGAUGUCAAUGGCCAACGACUCAAAGAAUCGUCCUGCACCGAUAUCACCAUUUGCAGUGAACACUUUACAGAUGACAGUUUUGAAAACCUGACCCUGACUGGCACGGUACAGCUGAAGCCCAGCGCUGUGCCAUCACUGUGCAUCAAGCCAGAGCCAGACGAACCCGCGGAGACCCUUCAACUUGUACCUGCGGAAACCACAGAUGUUGCUUGUCAGUGUGAUCUUGAAAUGUGUAACAGUCCAACGCCCUCUUCUGAAAAAUCAAAACAUACUUUAACAGGCAAAGACAUGCAGCAAAAAGUUAUAAAUACUGGAUUGAACAAAGAAAAAGCUGCACUUCCACAGAUGGAAGGAAAGUUUGUUGUGAAUGAAAGCUGCCUGUUCCAGUUGUUUCGCCGCAAGUGCCCAUCAUGUGGCUGUAAACUUCAGAUGGAGAAGCUCACCUGUGGGGUAUUGAUCACCUUGAACCAGCACUGCCUUCGGUGUGAGUUCAGAAACCAGUGGAGAAGCCAAGUCAGUGCCAGAGUCCCAACAGCUGAAGAUCAACACCUGAUGGGAGGCACAGAAGUAACUCCAGAGGCACCGAAGGCAAUGCCAGCACAUGACAACCUGAGCAGUACAGUUGUCUCUGAGGUUGUUACUUUUAACGAUGAAGAAAGUAAUCCAUCCGAUGAAGGAGAAGAAGGUGAUGAAGGUCGAGUGAGUUCAGAUGGGGAGUGGAAUCCGACUGAGGAGCUUUUGCUGACUGAGGAGCUUGCAAAGGAAUCUGAGGAAGAAACUGAUGACGAAGGUGUAGAAGAGGAAGUUUUGGAUUCUCCCAGUGGCCUCAAAAUUAAUGAGCUCUGCACAGAGUGUGGAAGUUUUUUCAAUAUUCUGAAGCCUCACACAUGUGAGCACAAAAUAAAGCCCUAUUCUUGUAAUAUUUGUGGUAAAAGAUGUGUUACUGAGGUAUCUUUGAAAAAUCAUAGCAAAAUCCAUGAUGAAACCUACGAACAUCCUUGCAAAUACUGCCACGUUACCUUUAAAACAAGGAUGGAUAAACUUAAACAUGAGCAGAUCCAUCAAGAUAGGAAAGACUCCUACAAAUGUCCUGACUGUCCACAGACAUUUACCACCAAUAAACAGCGCAGAAUCCACCUGGCAAAGCACAGAACCCCGAAGGAGUUCAAAUGUGGACUUUGUGGGAUUGAAUUUAAGGACGUACAUCAUCUCCAGAGACACUCUGUUGUGCACACAGGACUGAAGCCGUACAAGUGUUCAGUGUGCCAGCGUAGCUUCAACCAGGUGAGCCACCUGAAAUCCCACCUUCGUCUGCACACGGGGGAGAGACCGUAUAAGUGUCAGCAUUGUGACAAAUGCUUCAAUCACAACGUGAGCUUGAAGAGCCAUGUCCAGCGUUACCACACAUCAAGCUCUGGACAUGAAAAGAAGAAAGAGAAGACUGAUGAAAGGGCAAGUGACACCGGUGAUGCUGAGAACAAUGGGAAUAGGAAAGACACAGACUCAGAGUUUGACAAUGUAGAAGAACAAGAUAAAGAAGAGGACAUGCAGGCGGCGGGAAUAGAUUCACUGAGAAAGAGGAGCACAGGUAGGCCGAGGGGAAGGCCUAAAAGAAAUACAGCAGGUAGCGUAGUUGUAGAAGGACAAAGGAAAAACCAGCGUUCAGCCAAUAAGUCUGUCAAAUCAAAGGCGCAGAAGUUAAAGAAAACAGGUUCCAGUGACGAAGAAAGUGAGGGUGAGCAAUCAGACAGUGAAAUAUCCCGUGACUCAGCAACAGAAGAAGAGGAGGACAACACAGGGAAGAGCACAGUCAGGUCAAGAAGAAGACCAAAAAAUAACAAGCUAAAGAAUACAUUUGGUGAGAGCCACUGUGAAAACAAAGGAGACAAAGAGUGGAGGCACUGGGUUGAUAUCUCUGAGCAACUUUAG